CGCCCUUCCUGGCCGAUUUUGCUUCCUUUUCAGUGCACCUUGCCGGCCUCUGUCUUGCUGACGUGUCGAAGUCCGCUCUGUUACCGCUGCCUAAUCGAUAAUCGCUUCUAAUCUUUAGUUAUUGCAGACGGUGCUGGGUAUUACAGGUGGAAGAAGGCCCAUAUUUUCUUCUAUGAGUACUUCAAGCGUGACUAGAGGCGGAGGCAACAGUGAGGAGGGGAAGCUUUCCCUGGAAGACAUAGCUGCGCUGAUCCAGGCCAGAGUCUGCCAGCGGGUGGUGGUCAUGGUGGGGGCUGGCAUCAGCACGCCCAGCGGCAUUCCAGACUUCAGGUCUCCGGGAAGCGGUCUCUACAGCAACCUCCAGCGGUACGACAUCCCGUACCCCGAGGCCAUUUUUGAACUCUCAUUUUUCUUUCACAACCCCAAGCCUUUUUUCACUUUGGCCAAGGAGCUGUACCCUGGGAACUACAGGCCCAACGUUAUUCACUACUUCCUCCGACUGCUCCAUGACAAGGGACUGCUUCUGCGACUCUACACACAGAAUAUUGACGGCCUUGAGAGAGUGUCUGGCAUCCCAACCUCAAAGCUGGUUGAAGCUCAUGGAACAUUUGCCUCUGCCACCUGCACUGUCUGUCGAAGAUCCUGCUCAGGGGAGGACUUUUGGGUGAGUUAUCCCACUGAUGUUCUCUUUUCUGCAGUUUGCAGUGGGGGUGAUCUGGAAAAGUGGUGUUUUAUAAGCAUGUGUCACAAGGACAAUAAAACGGUAGUAGUGUGAAGAUUUGUGUGAAAAAAUGUUCAGUUCAUUGGCAUUUAGUAUAUUCAUAGUAUUAUAAGCCCACUGUCUCUAUUGGGUUUUAAAACAUUU